GAAAGCCUUCCUAUUCCACCUCACCAGUUCAGACGGUAAAAGUUUACAUUUUCUGACCAUUGAACCAGAGCCUGAGGAACCUUCUUACGACCUAACUUGACUUCAGCUAAGCAGCUUGUCGUGGAGUUUAGUAGAUACAGCAUGAUGGUUUGGUUGUAACAACUAACAAGUUUUUUUUGGGGGGGUUUUAUAGUUCAGUCCACCCUCCCUAGGGUGGAGUUAAGAUUUCUAGGGUGGGUCCAACUGUUUUAUAUAGGCGCCAUGUGUCAACGAUGACGGGAGGAAUGCCCAUUCAAUCCAAACACCCGCCAAUCAAUUUCCCGGUUUAUUCCCCAGCUGCGAUACCGCGUAAGAACAACAGAAGCAUACGAUGAAAAGCUAAACAAAAGAAAAGUCAGAUGAUCGAUUUCGAAAGCAAACCUCCGAUUCCGAAUGCGGUGAAGCAUCGGAGAAAGGGGGCUGUGGAAGAGCUUUGCUUGAUACGAUCGCAAUUCGCAAACUAAAAGAAGAAGAUGAGUUUCCUAUUCGGCAACAAGAAGACCCCUGCUGAGCUCCUGCGGGAAAAUAAGCGGAUGCUAGACAAAUCUAUUAGAGAAAUAGAAAGGGAGAGACAAGGUCUGCAAGCACAAGAGAAGAAGCUUAUUGCGGAGAUAAAGAAAAGUGCCAAGCAAGGGCAGAUGGGAGCCGUGAGGAUAAUGGCAAAAGAUCUCAUUAGAACACGGCAUCAGAUCGAAAAGUUCUACAAGCUUAAAUCGCAACUUCAAGGUGUUGCUCUUAGAAUUCAGACGUUGAAAUCAACACAAGCAAUGGGGGAGGCCAUGAAAGGUGUUACAAAGGCGAUGGGACAGAUGAAUAGACAGAUGAACUUGCCAUCAUUGCAGAAGAUAAUGCAAGAAUUUGAGAGGCAGAAUGAGAAAAUGGAGAUGGUCACAGAGGUUAUGGGAGAUGCAAUUGAUGAUGCUUUGGAAGGGGAUGAAGAAGAGGAAGAAACAGAAGAGCUUGUGAACCAGGUGCUUGAUGAGAUAGGUAUUGACGCCAAUUCAGAGUUACUGAAUGCACCCUCAGCAACAGUCACUGCACCAGCUGCACAGAGGAAGGUUGCACAAGCUGAAUCAACGGGUAACGAGGAUGGUGGGAUAGACAAUGAGCUACAGGCAAGGUUAGACAAUUUAAGGAGAAUGUAAGUCUUGUUCUCAUGAAAUAAACAGGAGUUGACGAUGAAAUGGAAAUAUAGAAUAUAGUUUGUAAUAUUUGUGAAAUUAUGCCUGAAUUCACUAAAGUCUAGGUUGGGAAGAAUGAAGACUUCAAUGAAAUUACAUAUACUAGAGAUUUUGGCAUUCGAUAGUUCGGAUUCCAGAAGAAAGUCAUGCCCUUUUCCCUCUUGCCUCUUUUUUGUCUUUUCACCGUGCAUAGACACAAGUACAAAUUGACAUGUUUUUCUGUUUA